CAAUGUUUACGAUACGAAGAAAACAUGCGGUGUCUAAUGUACUGGAGAUGUUCAGUUAAUUUUAUACUUGAUUGUGCCAUCUACAUUUGAGUAUGUUUGUUUCUUUCUGGUUUGUGACAAGUUGUUUUCAAUUUCUGCAUAGUUAUAACCUCUGACACAUCUUAUGAGAAACAUACGAGUCCUUCAAAUGCGGCAAAAGAUAAAUAAAAUGAAACAUCUAGUAAUCUGGCACAUCGUGUGACUUUUAUUUAGCUGUGAAAGACGAGAAAAUCAAUAUAUUGUGCAUUGUUUUGAGAUGUGAGUGGAUCGUAGUUCUAAAAUGACGCUAAUUCGCAUGGGAACUUCAAUCAAGAUUUGCAAAACACUCCGAAAUUUUUGCACUACCAGUUCAAGGAGUUUUGCGAGAAAAAUUGUUUUAGAUACUCAAAAUGACAUUACUGCAGGACAACAGAUGAUUAUGACUUUCAGGGAAAAAGUUGAGAACAGAAGAAAUGAGGCGAAGAGGAGUGUAAUAGUGCAGGUGCAGUCUGAGAAAUCUGCAACCGAUUUGUAUAACUAUUGUUCCGAAUAUGGCACAAUCGAAAGUAUGCAUCAUUAUUGUUUGAAUGAACAGUCACACUUUAUUCUCGUGGAAUUUAAAGCAGUGAGUGCAAUGGAAAGACUUCUAAAUCAGUGUUGCCACUUGAAUGAAAGCCACAUAAUACCAACAAGGACUCCGUACCUAUGGUUUCGUUCAAAGUCGCCUAGAAAGAAGCAAGCAAGAACAGGCGAGUCAGAUGUGCCAAUACUUAAACAUCAAUACGGAACCGCAAUACCAACAGAUAAAGACAUUAAAAAUUUAUUGCAAGGAGCAAAAUCCUUGUCAGAGCAGAUAGAUGUGUUGUAUAGUGCAACUCAUUUAAACGAUGUGGGAGAAAGACUGCGGUUUCUAACCGCUCGGCAGAUAGAAAUAGCUCUCUGUGGACCAUUUCCUAACGUAGAAGCUCUUCCUUUUGGAUCAUCGGUGAAUGGGUUUGGAAGAAUGGGCUGUGACCUUGAUAUAGUCUUACAGCUGGACAGUGAUGACAGUCACGAAAAAUGGGAAGAUUGUCGUCUGGUGUUCCAAGCCAAAACGUCUUCUCCUAACGGACGUGCAUCCACACAACGGCUAAUGGAAACUGUAGGUGACAUGUGUCAGUUGUUCCUCCCAGGUGUAACGGGAGUUAAACGGAUUUUACAAGCGCGAGUGCCAAUUGUCAAAUUUCAACAAGAUCUCACAGGUAUUGAGUGUGAUUUAUCAGCCUCGAAUGCAUUUGCAGUCCAGAUGAGCGAACUGCUUUACAUCUUGGGUUCUCACGAUGUAAGAGUGCGUCCUCUAGUGUUUGCCGUUCGUGCUUGGGCCCGCUAUGUAGGACUGACGAACCCUGUACCAGGCAGAUGGAUCACAAACUUCUCACUCGUUCUUAUGGUGCUGUACUUCCUCCAACAGAGGUCGCCUCCAAUAUUGCCAGCACUUGAUAAACUAAGUAUGUCUUCCACUGCAUUGAAUUUAAACAACUUGGAUGCCAGAUCUGCUAUUGUGGGGUCUGACCAUGAAGAUAUCCCCUCGGAACAGGAUAAUCGUGUUGAGACUGUAGGAAUAAUGUUUACAGAAUUCCUUGCAUUCUAUUCUUCGUUUGAUUUUAACAAUUUAGCUAUCAAUCUUUUAACAUCAGCCAACACUAUAAAGCCAGAACAUUCACCUCUUUACAUUGUAAAUCCUUUGCAGCCAAACUUAAAUGUAAGUAAAAAUGUUGGGCCAGAAGAGGUAGAAAAACUUCGUAUGGAGCUGAGGAAUUCUGCAUGGUUGUUAGAAUCUGCUGAUGUAACACCAACUUCUGACAAAAGUGUUCCUUGGGGCUUAUUGACAUUUUUCAGAGAAAAUCACCACAGUAAAGAACAAAGGUCAUUUGCCCCUCCAGUAAGCAAACGUAGGAGAGUGUCCAUAAACAAAUUAUUCUUGGAAGAAACAAGGUAGCGCUAGCAAAAAUUUUCAGUUGAAAAGUAGAUUUUUUUAACUAAGAAAACUAUUGUGUAUGGAAAGAGAGAUUUAAAUUUUUUGCCUUAUUCUGUGUGUGGCAAUCUGUAAAAUUAAAAUUGUGAAUUGCAAUGUAGCUUAUUUUUGCUCAAAAUUAUUGUAUAUUGCUAAUGUCAAUAAAUUUGAUCAUGAGUA